AUGUCGACGGAGAAGCGUUUAGAGGAUGGAAAUGGGAGCGUGGACACGCGCGAGGCCGUACAGCUUGCCGACGAACAAUUGCUGGCGCAGCUGGGAUACAAGCAGGAGUUCCAGAGAGCCUUCUCCCCCCUCGAGUGCUUCGGCAUAGCAUUCUCGAUCAUCGGACUGUUACCGUCGAUCGCGUCGGUGAUGUUCAAUUCGAUUCCAAACGGCGGCCCUGCAGCGAUGGUGUGGGGUUGGGCAGUCGCCAGCGUGUUCAUCCUAUUCGUAGGUAUGGCUAUGGCAGAGCUAGGCUCAGCAGCUCCUACGUCCGGUGGUUUGUACUUUUGGACGUAUUCCCUUUCGUCGCCGAGGUGGAGGAAUCUGCUGUGUUGGAUAGUGGGAUAUGCCAAUACAAUCGGCUCCAUAGCAGCUCUUGCCUCUAUUGAUUGGGGAUGUGCAGUCCAAAUCCUUGCUGCCGCCUCAAUCGGGACGCAUGAAUCAUAUUCACCCACGGAUGCUCAAACUCUGGGUGUCUAUGCCGCCGUUGUCCUUUCUCAUGCCGUUCUAUGUGGAUUGGCCACGCCUGUUUUGGCUAGAUUGCAAACAGUAUAUGUCGUACUUAAUGUUAUACUUUGCUUCGCCAUAAUCAUCGCAUUACCUAUAGCAACACCCAGCGAGUUCAAAAACACUGCAUCAUAUGCACUAGGCGAUUUUACGAAUAUGAAUGGCUGGCCUAACGGCUACGCUUUCAUUCUGAGUUUCUUGGCUCCUUUAUGGACAAUCGGUUCAUUUGACUCUGCUGUUCAUAUCAGCGAGGAGGCUUCCAAUGCUGCCACUGCCGUUCCAUGGGCCAUCAUCAACGCCGUAGGUAUUGCAGGCGUGCUUGGCACAGCAAUCAAUAUCUCGCUUGCUUUCUGCAUGGGCACGGAUUUGGAUGCUAUCGUUAACAGCCCGAUUGGCCAACCAAUGGCCACGAUCUUCUUCAAUAGCUUCGGAGAGAAAGCAACCUUGGGCGUCUGGUCGGUAGUCGUGCUAGUGCAAUACAUGAUGGGUUCUAGCAUGCUUUUAGCUGCGUCGCGACAGACAUUCGCUUUUGCCCGUGACGGUGCUUUGCCUUUCUCGAGCUGGCUCUAUAGAAUGAACAGCUACACCAAGACUCCUGUGAACACGGUCUGGUUUGUGGCAGGCUGUUCAAUUCUCCUCGGCCUUCUCGCUCUUGCUGGAGCGACGGCCAUAAGCGCGGUGUUCUCCAUAUCCAUUACCGCAUCAUAUAUCGCCUAUGCCAUCCCCAUUGCAGCCCGAUUCCUUGGAGACAACGACUUCAAACCUGGCCCCUUCAGCCUCGGCGUCUUCAGUCUCCCUGUGGGGAUCGUUGCUGUUCUGUUCAUGUUUUUCAUGGUCAUCGUGUUCCUCUUCCCAACAACGCCACAAACUGAUGCUCCAGACAUGAACUACACUGUCGUCGUCAUGGGAGGCGUGCUCUUCCUUUCGAUUGUUUGGUAUUAUCUGCCUGUUUACGGAGGCGUGCAUUGGUUCACUGGGCCGAUCUCGAACAUUGGUGACGGCGUCGGGGAGAAUAAGCUCGAGAGGAUCAGCGGGGAUUCGAGUUCGGGGUUGGGGUCUGGUCCUACUGCGGAGAAGGACGUAGUGAAGGCUGAUAAGCUGGCAGCGGAUGUGGAGUCGUAUAGUUAG